GGUGAGGAUCCACGGAUGUCCUUUGGCUCAUGCUGGGAUCCGUGGUCGUCCCCUGGUUCUCAGUAGGGAUCCAUUCUUUGGCUCUCAAAGGGGAUCCCUGGUCAUCCUGUGGCUCUUGGUGGGGAUCUGUGGCUAUCCUUGGCUCAUGGCUGGGACCCACAGUUGUCCCUUGAUUCGUGGUGGGGAUCCAGCAGUGGGGAUCUUGGUGGGCAUCCAUGGUUGUCCCUUGUCUCUCAGUGGGGAUCCAUUGAUGUCCCUUGGUUCUCAGUGUGGAUCCCUGGUUUUCCCUUGGCUCUCAGUGGGGAUCCAUGGAUCUCCUUGGCUCCUCACAGUGCAGAUCCCCAGUUCUCCCUUGGUUCUUCGUGCCCAUCCAUGCUGAUCCCUUGGUUCUCACUGGGGAUCCAUCCUUCGAUUCUUGAAGGGGAUCCGUGGUCGUCCCAUGGAUCUCAGAGGGGAUCCACAGUUGUCCCUUGGCUUUCAGUGGAGCUCUGUAGUUGUCCCUUGGCUCUUGAUGGGGAUCUGGUGGUGGGGAUCUUGGUGAGGAUCCAUGGUUUGUCCUUUGGCUCAUGCUGGGAUCCAUCGAUGUCCCUUGGCUCUCAGUGGGGAUCCAUGGAUCUCCUUGGCUCCUCACGAUGCAGAUCCCCAGUUCUCCCUUAGUUCUUGGUGCCCAUCCAUGCUGAUCCCUUGGCUCUCAGUGGGGAUCCAUCGAUGUCCUUGGUUCUCAGUGUGGAUCCCUGGUUUUCCCUUGGCUCUCAGUGUGGAUCCAUGGAUCUCCUUGGCUCCUUGCAGUGCAGAUCCCCAGUUCUCCCUUGGUUCUUGCUGCCCAUCCACGCUGAUCCCGCAAUUCUAUUUGGGCACCCACGGCUGCCCCUCGUUCCAUGAUGCAGAUCCCUCCCUCAGCCAUCAGGUGACCCUCAGUCCAUGGUGGGGGUCCAGCCGUUGCUCAGGACCCCUUCCCCCCCCCCAGGUGCCCAGGCUGGGGACGCGCUGUGCCGCCACCUCUUCCUGCAGGCCGGGGAGCUGCUGGCCCGCCAUGUGCUGGCCGUGCUGCCCCGCGUGGAUGAGAGCCUGUUCCAGGGGGAGCUGGGGCUCCCCAUCGUCUGCGUCGGCUCCGUCUGGAAGAGCUGGGAGCUGAUGAGAGAAGGCUUCGUGCAGGCGUUGGUUGGAGCCCGGGGGGGGGAAUCCAUGGCGGCUUUGUCCCAUUUCAGCCUCCUGCGGCUGCGCCAUUCCUCGGCGCUGGGGGGCGCCAGCCUGGGGGCCCGGCACGUGGGGCACAAAUUGCCUCUGGAUUACGGCAGCAACACUGAUGUCUUCUACACGCAUCGCUUCUAG